GUGUUGGACCUGGCGUCUCCAGGUGAGAGUGUGGACAGCGCUGCAGGCUGUAGGUUCACAGACUCCGCAUGUUUGACGGCAGCGAGUCCGUCCUGUGGCGUCCACGCCUCCUGUGACGCUGAGUGGGGUUCCUUCAGCUGCAAGUGUCACCCGGGACACGAGGGACACAAGUGUGAUAGAGUCGUCCCUGAGUUCUCCUUCGACUCUGGCGGCGUGGUCCGUUACCAGCUCAGAGGAGGCGGCAGCUCCAGACGCACAGACGUGCAGCUGCUCCUCAGAACCAGAUCCACGUCAGGGUCCCUGCUCUCCAUCAUGUCCCGGGACACCAACAAGUACAUCGUCCUGGAGAUCUUGGACGGUCUCCUCUCGGUCCGCGCCAACCUCGGCGACGGUGCCCGCACCCUGAGACUCCCCGGUCAGCGGAUAGACAUCGGACAGUGGGUCCUGGUCAGCCUCAGUCGUCACGGCAACCUGUUUACGCUGAGGCUGGAGCGGGGCGGAGGGUCGCGGGAGGUCCAGGCCCGGCUGGGGAGUCGGCGGGAGAUCGCGGUCGACCCGGCGAGUGUGACGGUCGGCAACGGUCCAAACACCAGAGACGAGAGUGAAGAGUUUCAGGGCUGCCUGAAGGACGUUCGUUUUAACGGUCAGGUUCUCCCUCUGGAUGGGCGGAGUCAGGAGCUGGUGGUGGUGCAGGAGCGUGGCGGCGUCUCGUCGGGCUGCGUCAGCGAUGCCUGCAGAGGCGAUCCGUGCGUCCGUCCACUGCUGCGCUGUGUCGACCUGUGGCGGAAGCACCAGUGCAGGUGUCCCGCGGGUCAGGUGACCGUGACCGAUGAGUCGGGUCAGCAGCGGUGCGGACCCUCGCCGUGUGGACCCACUUCCUGUCGUAACGGUGGCGUUUGCCAGGCACUGUUGCCGGACAACUAUCACUGCCGCUGCCAAGACGGGUUCAGCGGUCAGCGCUGCGAGCUGGGGCAGGUCAAAGGUCACCGUGUGGCUGCUCUGAGUCCCAGCUCCAUCCUGGCCAUCAGCAUGUGUCUGCUCGUCUUCUUUGCGGUGCUGGUGGCAGUGACCGUAUGGAACCAGACAGGAAGUCGUAACAAGUUCCAGAAACAAGGAGUUUAUCAUCUUCCUGCAGAGAAUCAGAGCUGGGAGGACGUGAGAGAGAACAUCCUGAACUACAACGAGGAAGGAGGAGGAGAACGAGACCAGAAGGGUUAUGACAUCGCAGAGCUGCAGCGUCCCCUGUGUUCCAGUGUGUCACAGUUGUCGUCCUGCACCACGGCGCCCGGCUCUCAGGAGGAAGUUCAUGUGUGCGGCUCCUCCUGCAGCUCUGGCGCCGCCUACCUCAGCACGCACCGCCCCCGUCAGCCACACAGCAGCAACGACACCACCUGCAGGCGUCAAGCAGGCGCGCGUUCACACGGCGACUUUAAGAGCUACGUGGAGCGAAUCAUCUGGGAUGCCGACCGCGAUGGCGAGGCGUCGCCGCCCGACACCUGCCACGUGUGGAGUGUGGAGGGUCAGGGGUCGGCAGCGGGAAGUCUCAGCUCGCUGGGGUCGGACAUUUCUCGCGGACGCGUUGGCGUAGAAGACGUCGCAGAGUUUGUUUACGACAGAUUAUCGCGAUGGGGCCCGAAGUUCCGGACGCUGAGCGACAUGUACGAGCAACCGCAGCAACUGCCUCAACCGCCUCAACACCACUAGAGGGCGACAGACACACCCACACACACAGUCCAGGAAAAUUAUUCUCUCAGAUUCUCUCUCUCCUGGAUCAGAGGACAAGAUACGAUGACGUCAUCACGAGUCACAUGAUCACCGUCGAUAGGGAACCUAAACACGAGCGUGACAGAGAAUCCGAUUUUUAAAAAUAUUCUAUUUUUUUAUUCUUCUGACUCAUGAUCACAGUUUGUCAUAAAAUUGAAAAUGUGUGAAAUGGUUUCAUAAAAUCUGCGUCGAAAAGCAAUGUUUUGACAUAUUUGGACAAAUGAAACUGUCGCAGCGACAUUUACGAGGACAUUUGACAAUGAGAUGAGUGGAAAGUCAAAAAACCCUGAACAUGGACUUCGUGUUUGUUCUUCUUCACACACUCUGUGCGACAUUCAAAUCUAAAUCGGGAGCUUUGGCGUUUCAUCGCAGACGUUCUCCUCGUACAACUUUAAAUUGACUGUUUCUGCUCAUUUCCCCGACGGCCUCACAUGUUUUUUUAAAAGCUCAGUUAGAAAAAUAUUAGAUGUGAUCUGAAAAAAAAACCCACACAUCCUACGUCACAGCGUGCUUUGAUCGGGAGUGGUGUGCUACGUCUUGUUGUAGUGUUUCCAGUAACCAUGGCAACAAAAAUUGCAAAAAACAAUCAGAACCCCGCCCACUGUGUGGUCAAGCUUUAACAUAAAGACGUGGUUGAAACUUUAAACCGCUCACAGGACACAAGGCUUUUCUUAACUAAAUCAAAGUUUUGAUAAAAAUUACGUUUUUUAAACAAUCACAGUUUAAGUUU